AUGAUAGCGGUGGGAUCGCCGCCCACUGAUAACAGUAUUCGCCGUGGCGAACGCGUUCCCAAUAUUCCGCCUUUGGAGUUGUUAGCAAUUACCGAGGCUAACAACGAAGAUGAAGCUGUCUAUCACUUUCGCGCUACCUACGAUAAAGUUGUUUUGUUUGGUGAGGAUGAGCUCUCUACCACUGGGGGGCUACAAGCGCACCAUUCGACGCUAGGUACUUCGUUCCAACCUGGGGAUAGUCUGUGGCAGUGCAACUUCAACGAGACCCUUAUUGACGGUUACAUCCACGUGCCCAAAGUCAACAAUACUGCAUCAGACAUUGCCAACACAAAGAAGCUUGCUCAGCUUCCGGAAUUUCCCUACUCCAUCAAGUUGGUCGAAGAGUGGAUGCCCAACGGCAAGGACCCCUAUUGUGGGAAAAUGGCUAUGGAACUGGAUGGCACCCUGGCUCCGCUCUCUGACAAAAUAAUAUUACGCUUAGAAGACCCCCAGAGUAAGGUUGCAAUGCCUACAUCACAUCCCACAGAGCGCAUCAGGAAUCGAGAACUACGACAAGAAGUGCGCUCAAGCUCAUGUCAAUGUCAGUGGGUAGUUGAUAGUUGA